AUGGAUCCCAACGAUCAAGCCUAUCUCUCCGAGGUCGACAGCCUCUCCGACUCCGACUGGCUCGACAUCAGCAGUAGGGCCUCCGACAACGACUCACUCGCCGGCUCGGACGUCAGCGAUCGCGAGGAUGUCGACUUGCGUUCCCCAUCUCGUCAGUCCCUCGCAAGCAUCUCCGGCUCCCACCGCAGCGAAGUUCAUGUGUGGGAGGGCAUCCUCGAGGACGCUGUCGACGAGACCCCAGCUGCUGCAGGAGAUGAGCACCAGGACCUCCCCCUCUCUGAACAAUCUUUAUCCUUCCGCGUCGCCGCCCUCUCCGAGGCCGCGGUAGCGCGUCACUCCGCCCUUGGAGACCCUGAAGAGGAUCAGCGGGUCAAGGACGCGCUCGACCAGAGCAUGGUCAGCACCCUCAGUGCGUCUCGCUCCAACUCGCUCAACUCGUCCAUCACCCACUCCCGCGACCUCCGCCUCUCCUUCCCCGACCCCCUCACGAGCUCGACGCCGUCUGUCCAUGACCUCAAUCCGUCAUACGAGGACAUAUCCGUCCCCUCUGAUGCCGAUUUCACCCCCUCGGAAGGCGAGACGCACACUCUACCCGUCGUUCACGAGGAGCCAGCGCCCAUGGCCGCGGAUUCUGUUACAUCCCUCGUGCCUGUCGUCGCGCACGACAGCGCAGGUUUCCAGACGGAGAUCCAUUCAAGCUCCAUCAUCGACUUCUACAUCGUUCUCUACGGCUUUUCCUCGGCGAUGAAACACCGUGUCGCCCACGCAGUGCUCGAGAAGCUCAUGGCGGCCACCCAAUGCGGCUUCUCGUCGCUUCCUUCCAUGAACGUUCCGUGCGACAUACGCACGACAUUGAGCGGUGGCCGAAGGGGUCAUAGCAUUGUGUCUAUCGUGGAUCGCACGCAGAAGGCAACGGGCGACAAAGAGCCGAGCUCUUUCACCCCCUUGGAACCCCUUGGCUCCCUAGACCGACCCUCACUCGCCAUCGUUCUUUUGCCAUCUCCCGAUGUCGUCUUGUCUCAACACACGCUGUAUCUCCCCGUUCUCAGUCAACUGGAAGAAGACCUGUCCGAGAAGGCCGAAACCACCGAUCGCCUGCUCGACGCAGAGCAGCAAUGGGAGAACAUGGGUGUUCCAGCCUCCCAGCUCGUCUCACGUGCCUUCACCUCCACGAAGUCCCUCGUUGUCGAAGAAGACGAAAUUGAACGGGCGUCCCGCAUGCGGGUUGCGCGCUACUUCAAGCCGCUCCUACCAUGGUCGGAGCACCCCACAGGGUACAGCCUAGCCUCGCGCCAUACUUUGACGCUCAUUGCAAUCCUCUCCAUUGUGCUUGGGUACCUGGUCAACCGGUCACUCCCCGGUGCUAUGACGCGCCGACCUUCGCCUACGAUCGAGCUUGCUCGCCCGCUACCUGCACCAGUAGUCAAUGCGUCCAUUUCCAGUACCCCCAUUACGACACCGACCGGAAUGGCGCUAAUUUCGUCCUCGCUCAAGGACUUCGCGCUGGCCGCAAUCAGCCCAUAUGCCGUUGCUUCCACCUCGAGCUCCUCUGUUGCAACCAAGGCAAUCCCUUCCCCCACUUCCGCAGCACCAGCCCGCGAAGACAAGGAAGCCGAUGUUCCGUCCGAGUGCUCCUGCGGUUGCGGCCUGAUCACCUGGCCGGACAAGUUCAAGCCGACCACGGAUCUCAGCCUUCGUCCCACCGCACAAACGCCAUCGGUUCAUGGUCAGACUUUCCACCCAGGCGAGGCGCCCUCGCUUACUCCGACUUCCUCAGCGCACGGCAAUGACAAGGGCAAGGCGCGCGCUACGGACGAAGACAACUCGAUCUAUUCGCUCAGUGUGCGCCUAGCAGGUGCCCUGACGGAGUACCUCGACUGGAGCACCGUCUUCGCGCCAGAUACCGCGGAAUACGACGAACUUUUUGAAGCUCUCGACGAACUUGCGUCCUCAGUCGAGUCCCAGGCGGAGAGUAUGUGGACGCAGUCCCGGGAUGCGCUCACGGUCAUGCGCGAGCACAUCCGCACGCGCAACGAGCGGGCGCGCUGCCGUGCCAAGGAGCUUCGCGCCGCGGGAGAGCGCUUGAUCGAGACGGUUCGCGGCAAUGUGGCGACGGCACGCGAGAACGCAAAGGGCAUGCGGGAGCGUGUGCUGGAGCGUCGACGCGAGCGGCGGCGGCGGGUGACGCGAUGGGAGCAUGCAACCCGUGCCAACGCGCAGGUCCAGGCUGCCGAGUGA